UUCCCUCGAUUAGCAGGUGCAGGAAAAAAUAAAAACUCCCCCCCCUUUUUUUCUGCAUCUGCUUUUAUUUCUUUACAGCUCAAAAUUAAUAAUUAUAAAUCAAAUCAAGUCUCUUUCUUCCUUAUCCUUUCGAUCUGCUAAUCAAGUCAUUUCAAGAAUUUUUUUUCUGAACAAGAAAAAGAAAAAUAGUAGGACAAUGCCGUCCUUGGAGGAUGAGCUGUUUCCGUCGACGCCAGGGAAGUUCAAGGUCGACAGAGCACACAAUAUGAACCGUCAAUUCCAUCGUUGCUUCGCUUCAACCAGCACCAUGUUUUUAUGGGCUCUUUUCUUGAUCGCAUUGACGGCGUCGUAUUUGAGCUUCCAGAGUUUCGUUGAUUCUGGUAGCCGAUAUUUCAGUGCUUCAUGGGGUGGUAUCCAAUGGGAAAAACAAGUCCGUAACUCCGCUCAGAUCCAUCGUUCCGGAGGCAUGUCCGUUCUGGUGACUGGAGCGGCUGGUUUCGUCGGUACACACGUUUCCCUUGCCCUCAAAAAACGCGGAGAUGGAGUCGUUGGGCUUGACAAUUUCAACAACUAUUACGACCCUUCGUUGAAAAAGGCGAGGAAAUCCCUGCUUAACAGCCACGGCAUUUUGGUGGUUGAAGGCGAUUUGAACGACGCCAAGCUGUUGGCUAAGCUUUUCGACGUGGUGGCUUUUACUCACGUGAUGCAUUUGGCGGCUCAAGCUGGAGUCAGGUACGCCAUGGAAAACCCCAACUCUUAUGUUCACAGCAACAUCGCCGGUCUCGUCACGCUUCUCGAAAUUUGCAAAUCCGCUAAUCCCCAGCCAGCCGUUGUCUGGGCCUCCUCCAGUUCCGUUUACGGUCUCAACGAAAAGGUUCCUUUCUCUGAGGCCGACAGGACCGACCAGCCGGCUAGUUUGUAUGCCGCCACCAAGAAGGCAGGCGAAGAAAUAACCCACACUUAUAAUCAUAUCUACGGUCUUUCAAUUACUGGAUUAAGAUUUUUCACCGUGUACGGUCCAUGGGGAAGGCCUGAUAUGGCGUAUUUUUCGUUUACGAGAAAUAUUCUGCAGGGAAAGCCCAUCACCAUUUAUCGGGGAAAGAAUCGGGUUGAUUUGGCACGAGAUUUUACCUACAUUGACGAUAUCGUGAAAGGCUGUUUGGGAUCGUUGGAUACAUCCGGGAAAAGCACCGGUUCUGGUGGGAAGAAAAAGGGGAACGCUCCAUAUAGGAUUUUUAAUUUGGGGAAUACGUCGCCGGUCAAGGUGCCGGAGCUGGUGAACAUCCUGGAAAGACAUUUGAAGGUGAAAGCCAAAAGGAAUAUCGUAGAUAUGCCUGGAAACGGUGACGUUCCAUUCACUCAUGCGAAUAUCAGUUUGGCCCAAAGAGAAUUCGGGUACAAGCCCACAACCGAUUUGCAAACCGGGUUGAAGAAGUUUGUUAGAUGGUAUUUAUCUUAUUAUGGUUAUAACAACCGCAAAGGUCUACAAUAAAAUUUAUUUUUGGUUUUAAAUGUAAGGAUUUUCUUGGUUUCCCAUUAGAAUGAAAUAGAAGGUAAUGGGAAAACCGAAGGAACCGCAAGUUAAAAACAAGAGAAAGACGAGGAUUACGUAUUCUUUUCUUGGGGGAGCAGUGAAAAAAACACUUAGCCCCGGUAUUUCUUGUCAGUUCUUUUUUUUUUCUUUGUAAGUAAAGUUCUCAUAUUUUGCUAUAGGUUGCUCUUUUUUCAAA